UCACCAAUCUCCCACCCUUCUUUGUUUCUUAGAUUUCUUGUUUUUUUCUUGAUCACAAUGUCCCUUUCAGGUAAAAUCAGCAUUGAAAUUGAGGUUCAUGCAACUGCUGCAAAGUGGUUCAAUCUCUUCACAACUCAACUCCAUGAAGUUCAAAACCUUACUAACAGAGUGCAUGAAACCAAGCUGCACCGUGGUCGUGAUUGGCAUCACACUGAAUCCAUCAAACACUGGACUUGUACUAUAGAUGGUAAGGUUACAAAAUGUCAGGAGAGUAUCGAAUCUGUUGAUGCAGCGAACAAAAGAAUCAGCUACAAGCUGUUUGGUGGAGAUAUUGGUAGUAAGUACAAGGUGUUCAAGCUCAUAUUUCAAGCCAUUGAUAAAGAUGGUGGUGCUAUUAUCAAAUGGACCAUUGAAUAUGAGAGGAUUGGACAGGAAGUUGAUCCUCCAUAUGGCUACGUGGAAUACCUCCACACUGCAAGUGGAGAGGUUGAUGGCCAUCUUAAAGCAUAACUUUGAACGUUAUGCACAAAAUAUGUAAGAAAUAAGAUAUAAGAAAUAAAAAAUCAUGGGUUUUGCCCUUGUGUCUUCGUCUGUAUAAUAAGGUUGUAAUGUUUUAUGAGAAGGAUAUGGUUAUGUAAAUCCUUCGUUUUCAUGGAAUAAAUGGAGAGAUGUUGGAUAUGCAACAA